AUGCAAUUUCAAUUACUACAUCCACCAUCAACAUCACUUACAUCCACCACCAGGGGAAGGGUCGGAGGAGAGGAAGCAGGAGGAGGGCGGCGGGAUUGGACCGUCGACGUUGGCGGGUUGUGGAGACUACGCGCGGAGCAGAGGAGAAGGAGGAAGGCGGCGGGACUGGAGGCGCGGAGCAGAGUAGCAGGGGAGGGCGGCGCGGGACUGGAUUCGAACGUCGGCCGUCAGCGAGGAGGUGGGGACUUGGAGGUGCAGAGCAGAGGAGUAGCAGGGGGAGGGCGGCCGACGACUGCGAGACUAGAUCGACCGUCGGCGGGAGGAGGAGACAAGUUUGGCGGCGACGGGAAUGGAGACAGGACGGCGAUUCGGCGGCAUCAAUCGAUUUCAGAGAGGGAGAGGUUUGGUGGCGGGCUGGAAAAAGGAGGUUACUUGGAGUCAACUCGCUAG